GGGCGCCGCAGCACCUCCACCCAAAAACGCAAGCGCAUCCGUCGCCGAAGCCGCCGCGCGCCGCCAGUGCGUGCUUGCUGCGACCGGGAGUUCGAUUGGUUGGGUAGCUAGGGUUUAGGGGUUUCUGGGCGCGGAGAGGCAGGAGGGUAGGCGGAGGAGAUGGCGUCAGCGGAGGAGGACAUCGCGGUGAAGGAGCCGCUGGAUCUGAUACGGCUCAGCCUCGACGAGCGCAUCUACGUCAAGCUCCGGUCCGACCGCGAGCUCCGCGGCAAGCUCCAUGCAUAUGAUCAACACUUAAACAUGAUCCUUGGAGAUGUUGAGGAGGUUGUCACAACUGUUGAGAUAGAUGAUGAAACAUAUGAAGAAAUUGUGCGCACAACGAAACGCACUAUCCCCUUCCUUUUUGUCCGAGGUGAUGGUGUCAUAUUGGUUUCUCCACCCCUGCGAACUGCAUGAAGCUAGAAGUUAGAUGCAGCUGAUUGUCAACUAUUUACUCUGUAUUUGGCCACUUGAUGGCUUGGAGUGUAUGCCAUGUGCUGCACAGUUACUGUUUUCUGAUGGAUUGUAGGUUUAACAAGUGAUACGAUCGUGUAACUACUGCUUGGUGUUUGAAUCUUCAGUCGAAUUAUUCUUAUGGUUGUUCUCAGCUAA